AUGAUCUUCUGUUCUCGUGCUAUUCUAUUGACAAUACACCAUAAUUCGAAAUGGUCUGUUAUUAAUAUUUUUAAACAGCCAUGGCGUUUUUUUGGUGGAAUGGAUACAUCACCAUCUAGUGUGAUGAGAAAUGCUCAAGUUCAAACUAUAUAUACAGAAACACUCAAUAUACCAAAUCAAGGUCGAUUAGAAGUUCGAUGUCCAUUUAAUCUUCAUAUAGCACCAAUUCAGCCAACAGAUUUCCCAAGACUUGAUAGAGCUUUUUUUACUAUUUAUGGUGACAGUGGUUUUAAAUUUUCAAAAGAAACAUGGCAUAAAUUAUUUAAAUUUUCCACUGAGUUUAGUUCUGAUACUCGAACUCUUCGUGUUUUGGGUCAUUUCACUGAAUCAGGUGAAAAAGAAUUGUGUGAACAAACUCACACAUUGGAAGUUCAUUGUCAAAUUCCUCCACAUUACGAACUCGAUAUUAAUUGUACAGAUAAUAAUAAUGUUUCUGCUGAACAUCUUCAAAGUCCUCGUGUUCAUAUUCAAACAAAACGCGGUGAAUGUUCACUAAAAAAUAUAAUUGCAGACAGUAUUGUUGUACACAGUCAAACAGGAAAUAUCAAAUGUUUAGGUUCAUUACAAGGAACAAUCGAUUUAAGUACUGAAAGAGAUGGUAUAAUACAAGCAUCUAAAUUAGAAGGUGGUUUUAUUCGUUUAAAAGUUGAAAAUUCUGAUAUUCAUGUAAAAAGUAUUUAUUCGGAAUAUUUUUUUAUUCAAGGACAGCAUGGACAUUUUAGUGUGAGAAAUUUAUAUGGUCAUGGAAUAGGAUCCAUUGAGGGUGAUGUUAGUCUUCAAUGUGAAAAAGGUGAUGUAAAGGCUUUUUUUUCAUCGACAAGUUUAUCAACAAUACGUGUUCAAGAAGGUGAUGUUCAAUUGGGUAUUAUUGACACGGCGGGCAUUCGAUUAAAUCUUGUUGGUAAACGUGUUCAAGUAGCAGAAGAUGCCGAACAUUUCCAUAUGGAAACAAUAAGAAAAGCAGGAAUUGUUCAAGUACAAGGUUUUAUAUCAGAUGAAUCAGCUACUGCAUCGAUUGAUGUUAAUGCACCAAAGGGUACUAUUCAACUUCGUGUACAAGAUUGGUUUUCCACACUAAAACUUGACCGACAUCUUGAUGAAUAA